UUGUUUUAGUCACAUUUACCCUUUAAAAUUUUUAUUUUCCAUAAAUCAGUUUGGGCGCGCCCCUUUUGGGCGUGUCCCCCCUACUUCCCCAUCAACGAUGGGGGGUCGUGGGUUCGAACCUUCUCCGGGUAUUUUAUUUUUUAUUUUCAUUUUUGGUACUUUUAUGGUCACUUUUAGCACCCUAAAAAUAUUUUUUGAACAAGUUUUCUUUUAAAAUUUCAGAAAAUUUUUUUUGGACAUUUUGGCCCACCCAAAAAAAAUUUUCUUAAAAAAUUAUUUCAGGGUGGGCCAAUUUUGCCUCUCGAUUAUUUUAGCAACUCUAUUUAGAGUCCUUUGUUUCUUUUUUUAAUUGAAAUGACAAGGCAAAAUGACUCCUUGCUCAACAAGACAAAUUCUGCCGCUGCCAAUAAUUCAGCUUCCCAACAGGUAACGAAUGGAGUUAUUGUGCCCAAUAAUGGUGGUAAAAUUGCAACAAUUGAUAUGCCGGUGCAUUGUUUUGAUGUGAUAAUUGCACAUCUAAGCAAAAGUAAAUUGCCAAAAUGCCCAAAUAAUGUUCCAAAUGAAAAUUUUCCUUUAUUUGUAACCUGGAAGAAAGGCCAUCAACGCCAUCUUCGUGGAUGUAUUGGAACUUUCUCGCAAAAUUUGCCACUUCAUGAAGGACUCAGCGAGUAUGCUCAUACAAGUGCCUUCCGAGAUUCUCGAUUUGAUCCAAUCACUCUACACGAGAUGCCCCAUUUGCAUUGUGCUGUGUCUUUAUUGGUUUGUUUUGAACCAGCCCGCCAUUAUCGUGAUUGGCUUAUAGGAAUCCAUGGAAUACGAAUUGAAUAUCGACAACAUCACCGUUCAAUGAGCGCGGUUUACUUGCCUGAAGUAGCUAGAGAUCAGGGUUUUUUCUUCUAG